UCCCUGAUGUUCCUCGGGGGAAGCACGAUCCAAGCAGUUGAGGGUUGGGAAUCCUGGACUGUGUGACCUUGAGCGAGUCAGCACAGCCUGGGGUGGGCACCUCCCUCCCUCUCCCCUUCCCUCCUUCCUUCCCUCCACUGGGACUGGGGGUGCAGCUGCUCUGCUCCCACUCUGGGACACACAGAGCUGCUUGUGCAGAGCUGGGCUUUCUCUGCUCGCCCUCCCAGCUCAAAGCUCCCAAACCUGGCCUUGCUUUGCCUUCCUCCGCGGGAGCUGGUGUUAAUUAACCCGCUGUUAAUGCCCCGAGGCUGCUGCUGGAGGCUUGUUCUAAAUGCAGAGCUUCUUCCAGAUGGAGCAUUUGGGUUCUUGGGGAUGGCUGGGAGCAGAUUUUUCCCCCCCCUUUUCUUGACCCUGUGCCCAAAUAAUUGUCCCAAUAUUGCAGUUGUGGUUUAGGUGCUACAAAACACCUCAGGUGUGAGUUUUGACGUCAGAGGGAGCGGAAGGAGGGACUGGGGUGGAGGAAGUUGCACCUCUGAGAUGUGUCUAUAAGAGCACCCUGCAGCCAGCAAAGCUUCACCCUCUGUUCCUCACAGCUGGGUGGGUGCUGCUGCAUGGUAAGAAGCUUUAUUUUUUCAGAGUUUGUUUCUGUCCUUCCCUAAUUUAAUUUUUGGGCUUAAUUUAAACUGACUUUUCCUGUCCCCAAAAAGCUGAGUGUUUCUUAAAAUGUCUUAAGACGCUCUUGUCGAGAAGAGUUUGCAGAUCGGUUGGCUCCUCUGAUCCCCCAGCUUGCUGCAGGAUUUUUUGGCACCCUAGAAAGGGGUUGGUCAUCUUUUGGGGAUUGAGAAUCCGAGAGGAAUUAGCUGGGAAAUCUCCCGGAGCUGUCGGGGAUUCAAACACAAAUGAUGUGGGAGGUCCCGCGGGAAGGGUGAUGGGAGCAGGGUGGCUCUGGGUGGAGGAUUUGCAGCUGGAGGAUGAGGCUGAGUUAAUUUCCUGAGUGGUAAUGACAGAGGAAUCAGCAGGUGCUGGGGAAACCAGGCAAAAACCACUCUUCCUCAAGAAUUUGGGACUUGAGAGUGGCUUGGGAGGCAUUUCUCUCCCAAAACCCACCCUGUGGGGCUUUAUUUUUAGGUGGAUGGUGUGGAGGGAGAACAGAUGUUCUUGAGGACUUAUUUUUAAAACAAAAUCACUCCUCAAGCUACAAAAUUAGCUCAGAAAAGUCACUCCUUGCCCCGAAAGAUGCUCGAAUGGAAAACUUCCUGGCAUCUCCAUUCCCCAAGUGGGUGGGAUAAAGGUGCAGCCACAGCCCUGGCUCUGGGAAAGCCACAUCAGUGGAAACUCUGGGUGCUUGGGGGUCUCAGGCACUUGAUCCCUGUCCUGGGCCGUGCACCCCCAGAACAACUGGAGCAGCUCAGAAAUCCCAGGGUCCCCCAGAGGAGGAGUGGGGUGUCCAAGGGCUGGGCUGGGCUGCGGGUGUGUCUGUGCUGGCCAAACCAAAGGCUGUAAAUUGAUCUUGGAGAAUCCUCUCGGGGGGAUUUUGGUGAAAUCACAGGCACGCCAGCUCCGUGCUGGGAUGCAGGGAAGGCUCCAGGCAUGGCCUCUGCAGAGAAACCUCCUGGCCCUGAUCCCCCUCCUGCUCCUCUCGGAGCUGGCACAGAUUUCUGUGCCUCCCCCUCUGCUCUACUUCAGGAUUUUCCUGCUCCCAGCCCCUGGCUGCAGCUGGGGGGCUCAGCCUGGGGUCCCCUGACCCCCUCUCACUGUCCCCAGCCCCGUGCCAUGGCCCUGACCCUGGGGAUGCUGCUGGCCCUGCUGGGCUGUGCCGCGGCACCGGAUCCUGCCCUGGAGGAGGCCUGGCAAGGGUGGAAGAGUCUCUAUGCCAAGGAAUACCCAGGGGAGGCGGAGGCGCUCCGCAGGGAGAUCUGGGAGCAGAACCUGCGCCACAUCCAGCAGCACAACCGGGAGGAGUCGCAGGGCAAGCACAGCUACCGCCUGGCCAUGAACCACUUCGGGGACCUGACGAACCAGGAGUUCAAUGAACUCAUGAACGGCUACGUGCCGGUGCAGAGGGAGAGGGAGGAGCCGGCACGGCCCUUCCCAGCCUCGGCAGCCCUGGAAGCCCCCAUGAAGGUGGACUGGAGGGCCAAGGGCUACGUGACACCCGUGAAAUCCCAGGGCGACUGCGGCUCCUGCUGGGCCUUCAGCGCCACGGGGGCCCUGGAGGGGCUCACGUUCAGGCGGACGGGGAAGCUGGUGCCUCUGAGCGAGCAGAACCUCAUCGACUGCACGCAGCGGCUGGGCAACCACGGCUGCAGAGGGGGCCACAUGGCGCGGGCCUUCCGCUACGUGCGCGACAACGGCGGGCUCAGCUCCGAGCGCGCCUACCCCUACACGGGCACGGACAACAACGGCUGCCGGUACAGCUCCCGGUACAGGGCUGCCACCUGCUCCGGCUUCAGGACGGUGCCCCCGGGCAGCGAGGCGGCCCUGAGGCAGGCGGUGGCAGCCGUGGGCCCCGUGUCGGUGGUGGUGGAUGCCAGCAGCCACAAUUUCCAGUUCUACGGCUCAGGCAUCUUCACCUGCCCACCUGGCCAGCAGCAGCUGAACCACGCCAUGCUGCUGGUGGGCUACGACACGGCCCAGGUGCGCAACUGCAGCGUGAGCUACUGGAUCCUAAAGAACAGCUGGUCCCAGGGCUGGGGUGAGAAGGGCUACAUGCUCCUGCUGAAGGACGGUGGCAACCAGUGUGGGGUGGCCAGCGAUGCCAGCUACCCGCUGGCCUGAGCCGGGACAGCCCCUCCUGAGCC